AGUCGCAGAGCGAAGGACACACAGCCUCCUCGACAGCACUUCAGAUAUGGAACCUCAACCCAAGCGCACCCACUGGGACACUAGCUACCGCGGCCUCGGAGCCCAUGAGAAGGAUGAAGAACUAGACGAUGGGCAGCUUACCGUGACUUCGGCGAUUGUAGCGGGAGGAGAUGAGCAAAAUGCACGGUCUGAACCUGAGCCUGGAGCAGAAGCAGAAGAAGACGGCCUUGUGGCAGACGCACCCGGCUCCUUUGACGACGACGAAAACCCUGAGGGUGACGGCGACCAAGAGUUCGGGCAACAGCCCGAGGAGGCGGCCCCCCCAGCCGCGGAGGGGCCACAGCUCGCGGAAAGGAAGCAGCGCCGCUACCGCACCACGUUCACCCAGUUGCAGCUGCAGGAGCUGGAGGGAUUUUUCCGUCGCAUCCAAUACCCCGACGUGUUUGCGCGGGAAGAGCUUGCAGGACGCCUGAAUUUGACUGAAGCCAGAGUGCAGGUUUGGUUUCAGAACAGAAGGGCCAAGUGGAGACGACAGCAGAGGGCACAGAUGGUCAGAAACAUGGGUCCUGUCGUCCUGGGCCCCCCUAUGGGCGUAAUCAUCAAUGGGCCCUAUAGUGCUAUCCCUGUUCUGGAACCUGCUUGGAGAUAUUUUCCUGUGAUGCCUCUGCCCUAUGGGCCCCCUGUCCCACCUUUGGGACCCUGGCCACCUAUGCCUCCCAGGCCUCCCAUGCCACCUAUGCCACCCAGACCACCUGCGCCACCAAGGCCACCCAUGUUGCCUAUGCCUCUCAGGCCACCUAUGGCUCCCAUUGGUCUGGCCCCUGUAGGUGUGGCAUGGGCCCCCAUCAUCGAUGGUUAUUUUGCAGGUCCCAUUUACUAAAGUAUGGCCUUCAUGACAAUUUUUCCAAAGUGUUUUUCUGCUAGAUAUCAAUUGUGCAUAGCAUAGCACCAAGAGUAGUUCAUCAAGUACCA